AUGGCAGUGUCAAUGGACCGAGACACUGUCGCAAUAUACGCGGGGGCCGUUGUGAUUCGAUUGAUUGUUUUCCUCAUCUGGCCCAACCUCUCCGACUUCCUCACAGCCCAAGUUGAGAUUUCCACACCAAUCUCCAGUUUUAAGCGGCUACAGGAAGGUCUUUUCCUCUACCGACAUGGCCUGUCACCUUACGAUGGGGGCGUGUUUCAUCAAGCGCCAUUGCUGCUGGUCGUCUUCGAUAUCUUGCCGGCCCCGCUAGUUUUCAUCGCUCUCGACACUGUCAACGGAUUGGCCCUACACACAAUCGCGGACAAACUCAGAAUUCCGAGCCCACGCUUCAGAAAUUUGAGUGGCUCCUUGAUCGCCGCCGCUUACCUCUUCAACCCAUUAACGAUCCUGUCAUGCUUGGGUAAGAGCACUACCAUCUUCACGAAUACGGCCAUUAUUCAAGCCGUGCUGAACGCCCAAGCCGGCAACAGAGUCAGAGCCAUGUUUGGACUUGCUGUUGGUAGCUACCUAUCAAUGUAUCCGGCUUUACUUCUACCGCCGGUACUACUCAUGGCCCACAAGAGCUCUCCUCAGUCUUGGUCAGCCCUGGUGGCCUCCAUCGCCUCCUAUUUUGGUGUCCUAGGAGCACUGCUGGGGUCGACACCGGUUAUAACCUCUGGAUUUUGGGACUUCCUUUCUUCUUGCUACGGAGCACAAAUCACGGUGACGGACCUCACUCCCAAUGUGGGACUUUGGUGGUAUUUCUUCAUCGAGAUCUUUGACUCCUUCCGAGACUUUUUCAUCGGAGUUUUCUGGUUACAACUGGUAGGAUAUGUCGGCGCCAUGACUUUUCGACUCCAGGCUCAGCCACUUUUCGUCAUUACCAGCCUCGUGGGAUUGUUCGCUGUUUUCAAGCCAUAUCCCAGUAUUGCAGAUGUAUCGCUUUACCUUGGCCUUCUUCCAUUGUACCAACAUAUUCUCCCUUUGACUCGAUAUGUAUUUAUUGCCGCUUCUGUGCUGCUGUAUUCCACACUUCUGGGUCCGGCGUUUUACCAUCUCUGGAUUUAUGCAGGCUCAGGCAACGCCAAUUUCUUCUAUGCCAUUACUCUUGUGUGGAGCCUGGGUUUGACGAUUCUGGUCGGAGAUACCCUUUUCGCCGUGAUGCGCGAUGAAUGGGAGAUCGAACGGCCAGAGAUGAAGGGCAAGAGUGCACGUCAGAUAUGA